AUGGCUGACCUGGACGUCCCAAUUGCGCUGCGGCGGCCCCGUCGCAGCGUCGGCGUCAAGACAGAGGCCGAAGCAACGCCUGCCCCGGAGCCUGUCCCCAAAACCCCCAGCCGACGACGCAAGGCCGUUCGCUUCUCCGACCCGGGACCGUCGCUGGCAAACGCCGCCGGGGCAGCAUCGUCAAGUGGCCUCACGCCCUUUAUCCGGCGCACCUCGCUCGCCACGCCGAAGCGUCGCCGCGUCUCUACACCCGCCAGGACAUCCCGCAGUGGCACCCCGUCCGCGGCGCCAGCCCCGGCCAUAUCCUACGCCGCAAAGCCUCCGCCCGCCGCGCAGGCCCUCCACCAAACGGCCGACGGCCGCGUCGAGCGCCGCAUCCGCCGCGGCAACCUCCGCGACCUGCUCAACAGGCUCGAGCAGCAAAAGAAGCACGGCGAGAAGCUCGCGCAGUCGCAGAUCAGCACCCUCCGCGCAGAGGUGAAAGCCCGCGACCGCGAAAUCUACGAGCUGCAGAACGCGACCGUCGUCAUCGACACGGAGCGCAUCUGGGGGCUCGAGCAGCAGAUUGAGGACCUCCGAGAUGAGCUCCGCAAGCGCGAGGCCGCGGCGACGGUCAUGACGCCGAGGGACCACACGCGCAGCUACGACUGGACCAUGGCCGCCAGGGAUCCCUUUGCGGACGACUUCAUGGACAUGAUGCCCGACGACGACGACCACUUUGGGGACGCGACCAUGGCACACUUUAUGUGUAUAAGAGACAGGACCAUGGCCGCCAGGGAUCCCUUUGCGGACGACUUCAUGGACAUGAUGCCCGACGACGACGACCACUUUGGGGACGCGACCAUGGCACACUUUGUGGCGAGCACACCCUCCAGGGCGCGGUCUUCGUUUCCCACGCCGCCGGCUACGAGCCCCAACGCCCCGGCGACGCCCUGCUCCCGUCCUUUUGCGCCGACGCCCACGUCUCACACCGGGGUGCAGGCCAGCCUGCCUGACCCGGCCAAGCAGGAGCUGGAAGAGGAGCUCGCGUCGCUCAACCUCGAAGUGUCCAAGCUGAUGGCGACGCUGGACUCGUACCGGGGCCUGCACGCGCGCAUCUCCGAGCACGUCGCCUCCGCCAUCACGCCAGCCGCCGAGGACAUGGCCGCUGCAUCGGCCCUCGAGGCCCUCGAGCGCCGCGUCGAGCUCCUCGUGCAGGCCAUGUCGGACCGCACCGCCGCCCUCACGCAGCUCAGCUCCUCCAUCAACGACCUCGGCUUCCCAGGCUCCGACGCCGGCGAGAUGCUCACCACCCUCGCGUCCGGCUUCCGCGCCGCCCGCCUCGAGCUCGAGUACCUCACCCCCGGCGAGAUUGCCCUCCCGCUGACCUCCCACGGCGCCGAGGUCCUCGACCUGCUACUCACGCGGCUGCGCGUCCUCGCGAAAAAGGCCCAAGAAGACGAGGCCUCCAUCGACGAGUACCACGAGAUUGAGCAGUCGCUGCGCAAGCAGCUCGACGCGCGCGUCUCUGUCAUAGACGGCCUCAAGGCGGAAAUGUCCAAGGCGGAGCGGCUCAUGAACGAAAAGAACCUGCGCAUCCAGGAGCUGCAGAUCGGCAACGACCGCCUCAAGGGCGCCGUGGACGGCUACGUCCGCGACAUGGCGGAGCUGGAGCGCCUCGUGGAGCGCAUGGAGCAGGAGGGCAAGGACGCGGCGGCGGCGCACGCGGCGCGGCAAGUCUCCGACGCGGAGGCCCUGGCGUCGAAGCAGGCCAGCAUCGCGGCGCUGGAGCAGCGGCUCGAGGACGCGAUGUGUAUAAGAGACAGGGCCAGCAUCGCGGCGCUGGAGCAGCGGCUCGAGGACGCGGUGCGCCAGACGGGCAGCCUGAGGCGCGAGCUGAGCGACCUGCAGGACAGCUCGACGCGGCACGUCGUCUCGCUCAACAAGCGCCACGGCGCGUCGCUCGCCCUGAGGGACGCGCGCGUGCUGGAGCUCCGCGGCGAGGUGGACCGCGUCAACGAGGCGCUGCGGGCCGCGCACGAGACGAUCCGCGUGCUGAGGGUCGACAAGGGCGGGCUGGAGGCGCGGAUGCUGGACGAGAGGGUCAAGGCCAAGGAGGCCAUGGACGCCAUGAAGGAGGAGCUGCAGCGCAUGCUGCAGAUGAGCCAAGAGUUUCUCGCCAGCCCCAAGCGAGCCGCCCGUGACGGAGAGGAUCGCCCAGAGGAUGCCAGUUCGCCCGUUCGUGUCGUCGCGCGGCCGGGCGGGUUCCUCGCCGGAGGGCUGGCGCGGCGGUCGAGCAAGAAGAUGAAGCGGGGACACGACAGCGGCAUGGGCCUCUUGGAGGAGGACGAGGUUGACUUUUGA